GGAUGUUCCGCCGAAACUAUCAAUCACAUCUCCCUCUCUUUGAUAGUAGUAUCUUUUGUUUGCAACUUGACUUUGCUUUUGGAAACAUGAAGUUGAAGGGACAGUAUUUGUCUUUCCUUCUCAUAUUAUUCGUCAUCACCAACACCAUUAAAUUGGGUGAUGCUUCAAAAAAUAACACUAUUAUCAAGACCAUUAAGAGUGAAGACGGAGACGUGAUCGAUUGUGUAGACAUCAACCAUCAGCCAGCAUUUGAUCAUCCCUCGCUCAAAGGACACAUCAUUAAGGUUUAGUAAUAGCUUAGUUGUGUUUUGGAUCGUAUACAUGCAUCUCAAUGUGGUGAAGUUCAUUUUGAUUUUGUAACAAUUUAUUUUUCUCUAAGUUCCAUUUUGCCUUGCAAUUAAUCGUACGUACUGACUAUAGCAAAUCAAGUCAGUUAGGCUUUAUUAUGAGCUUGCAUCGUGACUUAGCCAUAUCGAUUUUACUACUCACGACGGAUUUGGAACAUGAAUUAGUGAACAUAUUUGUUCAUAAAUGGCUUUUUCAUGCAGAGGAAACCAAGCAAUCAUCCAUCUGGAGUACUGCCAAAAUCAAUUGAUGAUAAGAAAAAGGAAAUCACCCAGUUAUGGCAGUUGAGUGGGGAGUGCCCAGAGGGAACUAUUCCGAUUAGAAGAAUCAGUGAAGAACAACGAAACGCCGCUAAAAGACCACACCAUAAAACUCCUCCUACUGUCUCUAAUUCAGAUGGAAAGCCUGCCGUCAACCAAUUGCGUCACGAGUACGCGUAUACGUACACCCCAACAGGAAGCUAUUACGGAGCAAGAGCAACCAUAAGCGCGUGGCAACCUUUCGUUGAGAGGCGCAAUGAAUUCAGCUUGUCUCAGAUCUGGCUCGUGGCUGGUUCUGGCGUAAAUCUCAACACUAUUGAAGCUGGUUGGACGGUAGACCCUGCCGUGUUUGGAGAUUAUCGCACAAGACUCUUCGUUUAUUGGACAAGAGAUGGUUAUCAACGUACCGGGUGUUAUAAUUUACGCUGCUCCGGUUUUGUGCAAAUUACCAAUAGAAUGGUAAUCGGUGGUGCCGUCGUUACAACCGGCGUUCAACCAGAAGUCACCAUUCUCAUUUGGAAGGAUGUAAGGCAAAGCGUGUGGUGGCUACAAUACAACGGCGUCAUAGUGGGUUACUGGCCUAAUUCCAUAUUCACGCUUCUAAAGGGCACUGCUUCGUUAGUCGAAUGGGGUGGAGAGAUUAUAAACUCCAAUGUCAACGGAAUACAUACUGCGACCGACAUGGGAAGCGGUCGUUUUGCACAAGCCGGAUUCCGGUUUGCAAGUUACUUCAGAAACCUUCUUGUUGUGAAUAAUAAGAAUACUUUGGUAUUUCCUCCAAGUAUAGGCAGUGCUACGACCAAUUCAAAUUGUUACAAUAUUGCUGUCGGAAAGAGUGUUAAUUGGGGGUAUUACUUUUACUAUGGAGGACCCGGAAGGAAUUUGAAUUGCCCGUAAUUGGAGACCUAAAAAUGGAUGAAGAUUUGAAGAUGAAGUUUUUCGUUUUGAUGGAAAUAAAGGUGGACUUUCGAAGUGGUUUGCAAACUCCAAAAUUUUGUUCAGUGUAUGAAUGAAUAAAUAAAUGGUCUAUCCAUUAUGUUUGGUGUGAUUAACUAAAGUGCGUACGUGACUGAACCGUGAAAAUAUUCGGAAAUGUUAUCCGAGAAUGGUUUCGAGUUAAUUUAUUUGGGUGUUGCCUUUUCUCUUUUGUCAGAAGAAAACAGAAAACCUGUUUGGAGUAUAUGAAUAAAAUUAUUGGAGCGACAUAUAUAUUUCUUCUGAGUCGCUUUAUUCUUC